CUUACUGCAGAGGCUGUUUCCAUGGUGAGUUGACAAGGCUAGCAAAUCCAAUGCAUCAACCAUGGUGUGAUGGAUUCAUAAUCCAAAUAAGAUUCUCUCUCUCUCUGUCUCUCUAUAUCUCUCGAUAUAUGUAUAUUAGAUUGGGCCUCUCUGUCUCCAAUUACCAGCUCUUGAGAGAGACGGUCCAAUGGCGGGGAUGGUGGAGGAGAACCAUGCAGUGCCGGGAGUGGUCUCCGUCCUCUCCACCAUCCUCGAAAGGCUCGCGGAGCGCAACGACGCCGUCCGCGGCCGCCCUGUGGCGCCGCACCACCGCGCCUCGGCCUUCCACGGGUUGACGAAGCCGUCCAUCUCGGUGCGCAGCUACCUCGAGCGCAUCUUCCGGUACGCCGGCUGCAGCCUCUCGUGCUACGUCGCCGCUUACAUAUACCUCGACCGCUUCCUACGGCGCCACCCUGCCGUCUCCCUCCACUCGCUCAACGUCCACCGCUUCCUCAUCACCAGCGUCCUCGCCGCCGUCAAAUUCGUGGAUGACAUACACUACAACAACGCAUACUUUGCAAAGGUGGGGGGGAUCAACUUGGUGGAGAUGAACUACUUGGAAGUCGAUUUCUUAUUCGGCAUAGGCUUCGAGCUUAACAUAACUCCGGUCAUGUUCACCUCUUACUGCUCCAUUCUUCAGAGGGAAAUGUACUUGGAACCACCUCCAUCUCCCCCAAGGCUUCACAGCUGUUCGACAGAGGAAGACCCCAGCAGCGGCUGCCAGCAGAAGCAAGUAGCAGUUCAUUUGGUCUUUUCCGGCACAUAGUUAAGCACGAAUCAGUGGGUCAAACAAAUGAUACCACUCCUUCUUCACUUCUUCUCUCCCUGUAUUCCAACCGCCUGUACAUAAUUUUCUUUUCGGAUGUAGAACGAUUCAGUAAUUAAGCUGCUAAUUUAGAUUCAUGGUUGGCAUCCAUGAUGUG